AUGUGCCCCGGCGACACAACAAAGAACCGCCGCAUGAUGUCGUUGCCGACGCCGCCGAAAACACGACGAAGCGUCGCGCCGACGGUGGCCACGGCACUUCCCGAGAUCGCGGAACACCGCUUAACAGCGCAGUCGACCCGUCUCGCUCCGACAUUUUGCCUCGUGCGUCCGCGGAGGCGCCGCGAGAAGCCGUCGUCGUUUCAUGAUGCGUGCGCAGCUGAGCGAGCCGACCCGAUCUUUGGCGGCGAAAGCGAACAAGGCGACGAGAAAACCGGUCGAGAAGAGGAGAACAUGGUGGAGCUCUCCACCUCCCUUCCUCCGCAGACACCGGCUGCAUCCACGGACGGCGGCAGGUCAGCGGCGUCGCCCGGGCUGGCGGCGCAGUUGUCCGGGAAGGUGAGGAGGGGGAGGAGCAGCAAGGACGUGCUCCCGGAGCACGUCGUCGUGCCGGAGUCCGUGUUCGCGCUCGCCGAGCAGCCGUCGUGCGCCUUGGAGGGCCACCAAGACGACGUGCUCGACCUGUCGUGGUCCAAGUCCCAGCAGCUGCUGUCGUCGUCCAUGGACCACACGGUGCGGCUCUGGGACGUGGUCACCAAGACGUGCCUGAGGGUGUUCCCGCACAGUGACUACGUUACCUGCGUGCAGUUCAACCCGGUGGACGAUGGCUACUUCAUCAGCGGCUCGCUUGACUGCAAGGUGCGCAUCUGGAGCGUGCCGGACCGGCAGGUCGUCGACUGGAGCGACCUCAACGACAUGGUCACCGCGGCGUGCUACACCCCAGACGGGCAGGCUGCGAUUAUUGGGUCGCACAAGGGGAGCUGCCGAUUCUACAAGACAACAGAUUGCAAGCUUAACCCGGAGGCACAAAUCGACAUGAGCAUAACAAAGAAACGCAGGUCGCAGGCCAAGAAGAUCACAGGAUUCCAUUUUGCGCCGGGGAACCCGUCAGAAAUCUUGGUGACAACGGCGGACUCGCAGAUCCGGGUGUUCAACGGCAUCAGCGUCCUCCAGAAAUUCAAAGGCUUCAAGAACACCAGCAGCCAGAUCUCGGCGUCCUACACCGCCGACGGCCGCUACGUGGUGUGCGCCAGCGAGGACUCAACGUCUACGUGUGGCGCCGUGUCCCGGCAGCGCGCCAGCGGCGUCGGCGGCGGCGGCACGGGCGGCAGCGGCAGCAUCAGCGUCAGGGCCAAGACGUGGCUGACCAGCCGGUCCUCACGAGUACUUCUUCUGCAGGGACGUGUCCGUCGCCGUGCCGUGGCCCGGUCGCCGUCGUCCUUCCGGCCGCGACGCGCGUCCCCGGGUGGCAACGGCAACGGCAAGAGCGACACGCCCAGGAAGCAGCAGAGCUCGUCCCGCCGCGACGACGUCGUGGGCGGCGCCGGCGGCGGCGUACCGCGGGUGACCAAGUCCGGGCCGAUGACCAAGGAUAACCUUUCUUCUUCAAGAGGAGAUGAACUGAUGUACAGGCUGAUAUACAAGAAGAUUUUUUAG